GUACCUUUACCCACUCCGCCAUGUUAGUGCUGCGGCCGCCGAUGAGGCAAUGCGUAGAGAUGUUUGUCAUCAAACUUUGGUUUUUGUCCAGUUGUGCGCGGAUUAAACUUUGAUCAAUCCGGAGCUGCAUCACAAAGACGACAAAAACAAGUAGUAUUACUCUUAAUUUCGGUGUUUAAGAUGUAUCGGCGCGGCGGAGGGAAGAAGGAGCAGGGCAGGCCGGCCCAGGAGGAGGACGGCGCCGGCGGCCGGUACGCUGAGCUGCUGGUCUUCGGCUAUGCUUCCAAGUUGUUCCGGGACGACGAGAGGGCCAUCUACCACGAACAGGGCAAACAUCUAAUCCCGUGGAUGGGGGACAAGAACAUCAUGAUUGAUAGGUACGACGGGCGCGGUCACUUGCAUGACCUGUCGGAGUAUGACGCCGGCUCGUGGAACCACGCGUACCGGCUGUCGGAGGAGGAGGCGCGCAUCGAGGCCCUGUGUGACGAGGAGCGUUACCUGGCCCUGCACACCGAUCUGCUGGAGGAGGAGGCGCGCCAAGAGGAGGAGUACAAGCGGCUAAGCGAGGCCCUAGCUGACGAGGGCAGCUACAACGCCGUAUCCUUCUGCUACAGCGCCGACUACUACGACCCCUCUCAGCCCACGGAGGAGGAGGAGGCUGCUAAGGAGCCAGUGGAGCCUGAGCCCCAGGACAGUGAAGAACCCUUCGUGGCCCCCCCAGGCCUGGUGAUCCCUCCUGAUGUUGAGCUGCCUGCCACUACCAAGAUGCACGCCAUCAUUGAGAGGACAGCCAGCUUUGUUUGCAAGCAGGGCGCACAAUUUGAGAUCAUGCUGAAGGCUAAGCAGUCGCUCAACUCGCAGUUUGACUUCCUGCGCUUCGAUCACUACCUGAACCCAUACUACAGGCACAUCCUGCGCAGCAUGAAGGAGGGCAGCUAUGUAGUGUCCGCUGGGACCCAGCCCAACCAGGCCAACGAUGCCAAGUCCGACGCGUCGGGGUCAGAUGAUGACGAAGAUGGAGAUGGGAGCUACCUGCAUCCUAGCCUCUUUGCCUCUAAGAAGAGCUCACGUCUGGAGGAGCUCAUGAAGCCUCUGCAGGUCAUGGAUCCAGACCAUCCUCUGGCAGCGCUGGUCCGGAAAGCCCAGCAGGACCAGAACGGGGCCGGAGAGGGGUCCAGGCUUGGCACCGAGAGGGUGGAAGCAACUGCUGCGCCUACGGAGUAUACCACAGACCCCAACAUCCCAAUGUAUUAUGGGUACUGUCUGCUGCCUGAUGGCUCAUACUGCUUGGCUCCGCCCCCACCUGGGAUAGAAGCCACCUCCUACUACAGCUCGCCCCCUGCUGGAAGGCUCCCGCCAGUUACCUCCUCCUCCUCCACCACCACAAUGCCUCCGCCCCCUGGGACCACGCCUCCGCCUACCACUGACCCUGUGGCCACACCAGCCCCUGCCUCACGCCUAACAUCGCUCCCUGCUGCAGUGGAGGCUCCGGCAGCCAGCACACGAGCCCCCGCCCCCGUGCCUGCCAUCAUCCCACCCCCCCCAGAUGUCCAGCCCGUCAUCGACAAACUGGCAGAGUACGUAGCGAGGAAUGGCGUGAAGUUUGAGGCCAGCGUCCGGGCCAAGAACGACCCCCGGUUUGAUUUCCUACAGUCCUGGCACCAGUACAACACCUACUACGAGUUCAAGAAGCAUUACUACAUGCAGAAGGAGGGCGUCUGUCUGCUAGAGGGAUCUGGAGGUGCACCGGGCAGCACAGGCAGGGUCUCCACCUCAGACGGCCUGGUGCCAGAAGAGGGAGCCAGUGGGUCCUCCAAGGAGGGCAAACUAAGCAAAGCAUCCUUUGCUCCAAUAUGUUUCGCCAUCAAAGCGAAGGAGAAUGACCUGCUGCCCCUUGAGAAGAACAGGGUGAGGCUGGACGAUGACUCCGAUGAGGAGCAGGGCCGGGAGGCAGCCCCAGAGCCUCUGCCUGUGGGAGGGGGAGGGCCCAGCCCACUCCCCAGGGAGCCCCCCCCAGCCCCCUCCCUGGAGGAGAAGAAGCCCACACUUUCACUUGAGGAGCUGGAGGCCAAGCAAGCCAAGCAGAAACUGGAGGCGCGCCUGGCGGCGGCUGCGAGGGAGAAGCUGGCCCAGGCCUCCAAGGAGUCCAAGGAGAAGCAGCUGCAGGCCGAGCGCAAGAGGAAGGCUGCUCUCUUCCUGCAGACACUGAGGGCGCCGCAGGCUGCCGACGACCCCCCAGCUCAGCCCGAGCCUGAGGUGCUCUCCUGUCUGCCCCCGCCCAGCCCGCCGGCCAUGUCUCGACUCCUCUCCUACCCUGUCGACCCCAGGCCUGUGGAGACACCCUCCCUGCCCCCGCCGCUGCCUCCUUACCCUUCCGCGUCACCUUCACCCUUGUCCUCGUCCUCGUCUCACCGUGACCAUGACCGGGAGAGGCGGAAGAAGAAACACAAGAGGAGGUCACGCUCCCGGUCGCGCUCACGCUCGCCCCCUAGGGCCAAGAACAAGCAUAGUCUGCCCAGUGCAUACCGCUCUGUCAGGAAGUCCAGCAGAUCGCGGUCGAGGACACCCAGCCGGAGGGACAGGAGGCGUGAGGAAUGGGAGCGGGAGAAGGAGCCAUAUGUUCCCAGUGCAUAUCGCCAUGGCAACAGCGCUGGUGUCAGCAAGAAGCACUCCAGGUCGAGGUCACCGCAUGAGAAGAGAAAGAGAAAGAGUGCCAAGUCACACGUGAAGCUCCGGGCCUCCUCCUGCUCGCCUGCCUCCUCCCCGGGCCGAAGCAGGAAGCGGGCCACUGCUCGAUCCUCCAGCCCCGCCUCUGUACUGGGGAGCCCCGCCUCUAGCCUGCAAAGGGGAACAUCGCAAGACCGGCAGAAGCAGGUGGCUUCUGCAAUUGUCUCCUCUGUACAGACGAAAAUCACUCAGGAUCUCAUGGCCAAGGUACGCGCCAUGUUGGCUUCUCCCAAGGACAUGCAGACCAGCACAUCCUGAAGAUGGUGCCGUGCCUCAUAAUACCCAGCAGUGGAGCCCCCUGACCAGUCGGCACCAUUAAUAUUUGACUUUUAACGUUUUAAUUUGUAUUUUCUUUGUUUGGGGACUGGGCUUUUUGUGGGAGUCUGGGUGGUUUGGGUGUACUCUGCUGUUGUAAGGAAAGGUGGUGAAAUUGGGCAUGUAGUCUCCCUCCGCUCAGCUGUGUGGUUCUGUUGCUCAGCAGGCCCUUGCUUCAGCCUGUGUGACAGUGUUUGGAAGCCAGGUAACGUUAUGGUGGCCCUCCCUGAGCUGCAGGCGACCUGAGCUCUGUUUUCCGGGUUGCACUCUUCAGAGACGCCCCAUAACCUGGUGGACGCCUUCCUUCCGUGAAGGGCCUCCCUGGGCCUGCUCCUGGCUGCCCUCUAGCGCUGCCUUAAACCUGUGGCUCUCUUUUUUUUUUGUACAAGCUGCUUUAUGGACAGAUGAACUGCAAAUAAAAUAUGAGUUACUGCCCCCCA